GUGACGAUGACCACCCGUUCUCGUACAAGCCUCUUUCUUUCAUACAGAAACUCACGUCCUCGUGCCCUCUAUCACGACAACAACGACGAGAAUGAACACUUAAUAACGGCUUCUCAUCUUGUUAUCGACCUCCCAGACCUUCCUCCAACUUGGGUCGAUUAUGCCGACAGAGUCCAGGAGCUCCUCUUGGAUACUCACACAAAGAUCGCCUCUCUCGACAAGCUGCACGCAAAACACGUUCUUCCGGGUUUCUCGGAUCGCUCUCAUGAAGAACGCGAGAUAGAGGCAUUAACAACGGAUAUCACAAAGGAUUUUCGUCAUUGUCAGUCUCUUAUCAACAAAAUCAGUGCCCCUCAAUCCCAUGCUUUUCCUCCGGAUCACAAGAAGUCGAGGCACGAGGACCUUACUGCCAAGAACGUUCAGAGAGGCCUUGCGGCCAAAGUGCAGGACCUGAGUGCUGCAUUUCGAAAAAAGCAGCGUGUUUACAUGGAAAAAAUCCAAGGUCAUGCGAUCAAAAAUCAAGAUCUUCUCCUAGCUUCCGGCGCCAUCUCUCUCAAAGGUUCCGAUGGAAUGAGCGAGGUAGACGAUGAUGUUCAAGCAGCCACACAUACACGAGCACAAUCACAGUCACUUGUUCAUGUCGAGCCUUCAUUGGAAUUGCAUUCGCGGGACCGAGAACUCACCGAAAUCGCGAAAUCGAUUGCUUCUCUUGCGGAGCUAUUCAAAGACCUUUCCGUCCUCGUCAUCGAUCAGGGGACACUUCUCGAUAGUGUCGAAUAUAACAUUGAACAAACUGCAGUCCAGGUAGAAGAAGCUGUAGAGGAGCUCAAUGUUGCAACAAAGUAUCAGAAGAAUACCGGAAGACGCAAGUGUAUCUUCCUAUUGCUUCUCAUCAUCUUUGGUCUCGUAGUCGUUCUCCUUUUCAAACCGAAGAAACGCGGAACAUCUAGUCCCAUUCCUUUGCCCUCUUCACCGUCGUCACAGCCUAUCCCAGACUCGUCAAACCUUAGAUUUAUGCGGACGUUUACUCCACGGCCACGAUUAUUCCCUUAACAAAAAGCGACAUUGACGAAGCCCAGUUCUUAAGAUACCCCCUGGAUUCAAUAUAUUACGAGUAGUACAUUAAACAUUUUUUAUUCUCCCCGCGUACGAUGGCAGACUUCAAUACAGCUAUCGAGGUAUCAAUAGACCAGUUUCGGCAAC